CCCCUCUAUAGAAGCCACUCUUCACAGCCCACCGGUCAACCCAAGAACCGCAGCAGCUCCAACUUCCAAAGCACUCCGGUGCCUCCUCCACCUCCGAUCACAACCCCAGCACAAACACCACCAGAAACCCAAGGCCUCAUUUCGCAAAUACCAAAAAAUCAAAGGUCGAUCCUGCAAAUUAAAGAAUGGGGAGCUACAAGUACUGCAUCUGCUUCACUCGAAAGUUCCGAUGGAAGGAGGCCCAGCCGCCGCCGGACGUCAAGUCCGCCUUCGACCAAUUCGCCGGAGGAGGGCCACACAUGAGCUCCGACCAGUUCCAGCGGUUCCUCGUCGAGUCUCACGGCGACGGCGGCGUCUCCGGCGAGGAGGCCGAUCGGAUCUUCGAUCAGAUCCGGCAGCAACGGCAGCGCCACGUCAUCGGGAAGUUGGCGAGAUCCAUGAUCGCUGUUGAGGAUUUUCAUCAUUACUUGUUCAAUGAGGAGCUCAACCCCCCGCUCAGAUCUCAGGUGCACCAAGAUAUGACUGCUCCGUUGUCCCAUUAUUACAUAUAUACAGGUCAUAAUUCAUACUUGACUGGGAACCAACUCAGCAGUGAUUGCAGUGAUGUUCCAAUUGUAAAAGCUCUUCAAAGAGGUGUUCGAGUUAUUGAACUGGAUAUCUGGCCGAAUUCUGCUAAAGAUAAUAUUGAUGUUCUUCAUGGAAGGACAUUGACUUCUCCAGUGGAACUCAUUAAAUGUCUGAGGUCGAUUAAAGAGUAUGCCUUUUCGGCAUCUGAGUACCCUCUUGUAAUAACUCUAGAGGAUCAUCUUACUCCAGAUCUUCAAGCGAAAGUAGCUCAGAUGGUAACUGAAACAUUUGGAGAGAUGCUGUAUUACCCUGACUCGGAGGAUCACAAAGAAUUCCCUUCACCAGACUCUCUUAAGAAGAGAAUUAUCCUUUCAACCAAACCCCCAAAAGAGUACCUUGAGGCUAAAGAUUCCAAGGGCAAGGAGAACGGAUCUCAAAAUGGAAAAGAUCCAAAUGAGGAAGAAGCCUGGGGAAAGGAGCUUAAAGACUUCAAAUUUGAAUCUGAAUUCGAUGAUAAGGAUGAGAAUGAUCAGAGUGAUGACGAGGAUGAUGUUGCUGAUGAUGACCUCAAGUUACGCCAGAACUCGGCACCUGAGUAUAAACGCUUGAUCACUAUCAGGGCUGGGAAGCCCAAGGGUUCUUUAAAAGAUGCACUUAGUGUAGAUCCUGACAAAGUUAGACGCCUUAGUUUGAGCGAGCCGCAGCUUGAGAAAGCAACCGAAUCUCAUGGGUUAGAUAUAGUAAGGUUCACCCAGAAGAAUAUGCUCAGGAUAUACCCAAAGGGAACACGCUUCAACUCCUCUAAUUAUAAUCCUUUGAUUGGUUGGAUGCAUGGCGCUCAGAUGGUUGCAUUCAAUAUGCAGGGCUAUGGAAGGUCAUUAUGGUUGAUGCAUGGAUUCUUUAGAGCCAAUGGAGGGUGUGGUUACAUAAAGAAACCUGAUUUCUUGAUAAAGACCGGUCCGCAUGGUGAAGUCUUUAACCCUAGGGCAACUUUACCAGUUAAGAGAACCUUGAAGGUUAAAGUUUACAUGGGAGAUGGUUGGCGUAUGGACUUCAAACAGACCCAUUUUGAUGCUUAUUCACCUCCAGACUUCUAUACAAGGGUAGGAAUAGCUGGAGCUCCGGAUGAUAGUGUUAUGAAGAAAACAAAAACAAUAGAAGACGACUGGACUCCAGUUUGGAACGAGGAAUUCAUUUUCUCGUUAAGAGUCCCUGAGCUCGCAUUGCUUCGUGUUGAAGUGCACGAGUAUGAUAUGUCUGAAAAAGAUGACUUCGGAGGACAAACUUGCUUGCCGGUGUCAGAACUGAGACCAGGGAUUCGGUGUGUGCCAUUGUUUGAUCGAAAGGGGAACAAGUUCAAGUCUGUGAAGCUUCUCAUGCGUUUUGAGUUUGUUUGAGCUCGCUGGACGUGUAAAUUAUAGCUCUUAUGCAUUUUAGAAGUUCAAGAGGGUGUGAUCAGUGUUGUAUUAUAGAAUUCUUCCUGGUUUUUACCCCUUAUUUUUAUUUAUUUUCCAUGUGAGAGAAGUGUGUAAGGUUUGUUGUACAUCGGUGUAUUCGUGUUUUAUGUGAUCUUGUAAAUGUUGAUUAAACUUUAGAGAGAGAAGAUUUGUUGAGUUUGUUUGA